AUGGUUAGCCAUACUUGGCCUCAUCUGCUGGUAUCAUUGUGCACAUCCGUGUGUCUAUCUAUCAUCUGUCUGUCUGUCCAUCUAUCAUCUAUCUAUCUAUCUAUCUAUCAUCUAUCUAUCUAUCAUCUAUCUAUCUAUCACCUAUCUAUCUAUCUAUCUACCUAUCUAUCUAUCUAUCUAUCUAUCAUCUAUCUAUCUAUCUACCUAUCUAUCUAUCUAUCUAUCUAUCUAUCUAUCUAUCUAUCUACCUGUCUCUGUCUGUCUGUCUAUCUAUCUAUCUAUCUGUCUGUCUGUCUGUCUAUCUAUCUAUCUAUCUAUCUAUCUAUCAUCUAUCUAUCUAUCUAUCUAUCUAUCUAUCUAUCAUCUAUCUAUCUAUCUAUCUAUCAUCUAUCUAUCUAUCUAUCUAUCUAUCAUCUAUCUAUCUAUCAUCUAUCUAUCUAUCUAUCUAUCUAUCAUCUAUCUAUCUAUCUAUCUAUCUAUCAUCUAUCUAUCUAUCUAUCUAUCAUCUAUCUAUCUAUCUAUCUAUCUAUUUACCUGCCUACUACCUAUCUCUAUUUCCACCCAUCAAUCUAUCUAUCCAUCAGUGAGUGGAAAGGCUCAUUAGGGGACCUGCUCGUAUUGUUAUGA